AUGUCGGAGAGCAUCAAUUCUCACUUCCAGAGCAAUCCCGACGCUGAGGGCUAUUAUGGUCGCUUUGGCGGUAAUCACUAUCCCCCACAACUUCGAUCCGCACUGCUCGAGUUGGCCAACAGCCAUAAGGAGCUUCAUCAAUCGCCAGAAUUUCAGACUACUCUGGAUAAGGUGCGGGUCGGACUUCAGGGGCGCCCGACGCCAAUACAUCACCUUGAAAAUAUCUCAAACCAAGUCGGAGGAGCCCAAAUCUUCGUCAAAAGAGAGGAUUUGAAUCACACCGGUGCACACAAAAUCAACCACUGUGUUGGUUUUGCCCUACUUGCUAAACGGAUGGGCAAAAAGAAACUGAUUGCUGAAACGGGGGCCGGCCAGCAUGGCGUCGCUCUGGCAACUGCAGCCGCCUACUUUGGUCUCGAAUGCGAAGUUCACAUGGGAGAAGUUGAUAUCAAGAAGCAGAGCUCGAAUGUUGGCAGGAUGCAGCUACUCGGUGCGCGCGUGGUGUCUGUAUCGACUGGCCAGUCCGCCCUCAAAGAUGCUAGUGAUUCGGCAUUUAACGCGUAUGUCGAGCAACACAAACACGCGCUUUAUGCUAUUGGGUCAGCCAUUGGCCCACACCCCUUUCCUAUGAUUGUUCGGGACUUCCAGGGUGUUGUUGGCCGAGAAGCGCGCGAGCAAUUUCUUUCCAUGGCAGACGGAAGUUUACCUGAGCAUGUCGUUGCCUGCGUUGCUGGUGGUUCCAACGCAAUGGGUAUAUACACAGGAUUUAUAGAUGAACCCUGUGUCACUUUACAUGCAGUUGAGCCUCUGGGCACGUCUGAUAAGCUGGGUCAACAUGCGGCGACACUGUCUUAUGGAAAACCGGGCACGUUGCACGGUGCUCAAUCCAUCACGCUUCAGAAAGAUGACGGUACGCCUGCAAGUGUCUCAUCUAUAGCAUCGGGACUCGCAUACCCUGGCGUUGGCCCUGAGAUUGCAAUGCUGCAUGAAGCUGGUCGGUUAUCAGUUGCAAGAAUUUCAGACGAGGAAGUCGUCAAUACAUUCUACCGAAUGGCUAAAUUCGAAGGUAUAAUUCCGGCGCUGGAAAGUGCACAUGCAUUAGCGUUUGCGAUCCAGUUAGCGGCGCAGCUCCCGCCAUCCGAAAGGAUCCUUGUCAAUCUCUCGGGUCGUGGCGACAAGGAUGUUGAUUACGUGCUUGAAAAAUACAAGCUAGCUGAUAGUAAUGGAUGCGUGCUUGCAGCAAACUGA